AAGUAAUGAAAAUAACAAUAAACCUUCACAAACAAUUCAAUAGUAUGGACAAAAUUAUAUCCCAAAACGAAGGAUUUUAUCAUAGUUUCAAUGAAAUUCUUCUCGCAACAACAGUGGGAGUAAUAAGCUUUCCUCUAUCUCUUGGAUCCUUGCAAAAGUUGCUUUUCAAACCUUUAAGAAUAACGAGCAAACUGCCAAAUUCAUUUGUGUCAAUUUGUGGUGUUGUUUCAGUGUUUAUUUCUGGCGUCACUGCAUCAGGCGCUUUUAUUGUCACAUUUAAAGCUUCUAAUAGUUAUUUCUGUAGAGAUGAAAUGUCUCGACAAGAAUCAUAUUUCGAGUUUAACACGCACCAAAAAGAUAUUUUCCUGUGGGGUUUUGCAAGCCUGGCAAUAUUUAAAGUUUUUGGUGGUAAAGGACGGUACGUUAUACCGAGUCAUCUUUUUUGGCCUGGAGCUUUUGCAAAGAGAUCUAUACCAGCUGCAGGAAGAAACUAUGCCAGACCUUCUGUCAAGAAAAAGCUAUAUUUACUUGGUAGACGUUAUGGAUGUCAUUCCUGUGGGAAAAAAAGACAAAAGGAUUUUAUUGCUGACCACAUACCACCAAACAAGCUAGUGAAUUCAUAUCAAUCACAAAACUUUUAUCCCCAAUGCAAAACAUGCUCGCAGAAACAAGGUGGAGCAUUGUCAUCUCUGAAUUCUUUCAAUGCAAUAAAGACCCAUGGAAUGACACUAAGAUUAUAUCAUUUUUGGCUACCUGUGCCUCUUGGAGUUGCUCUUUUACAAAACAAUUUUGCAGAAGUUUGUUUUGUUUAGUAUUAUCAUCCUCCGUGCAAUGAAAUAAUUAUUAUUUUUAAUAUGGAAACUUACGUAUUGAGUUUAUCAAUAAAAUCUUUAAACGUUCA